CAGAGAGAGAAAGAAAGGAGAACGGGCCAAGGCGUGCUUCUCUGUGAAUCCUCCUCUCUCUCUUCUAACUUUCUUUUUCUCUCACUCACAAAUACGCACCAAACAAUAGUUAUUAGUUGAGAUUCUUUUCGAAUUGCAUAUGCAAAUCGAGAACGAUUCAUCUGAAGCUGUGAAUUGAUCAGAGAAAAGAAUUUAGAUCAGCUUUUCUUCUUCAAGGUACUGUUUUCGGAUUCUCUGGCUAUUGAUCCGUCCUGAGAAAUAAUUCCAACGGUUUCUUUUGGUGAUGGCGUCGUCGACGUUGAUUUCGGAUCCGGUAACGAACAACAUCGAAAGAGCACGUGAUUCAUCGAAGAGAAGAAAGAAGAAGAGAAUCCAUAGGCAAUCUACUGGCGAUCAGACGAUUGAGAACUCGAGUAACAAUAACAACCAGAUUAUUUCAUGGAAAUCCGAAGCUCAGCAACAAGUAUACAGCUCAAAACUCCUGCAAGCGCUCCGCAAUGUCCGGAUCAACUCCGGCACGUCUCCGCCUUCUGCUCCUCGCCGUGGACGCGCCGUUCGUGAAGCGGCCGACCGAGUCCUUGCAGUAACAGCGAAAGGUCGGAGUCGAUGGAGCCGUGCGAUUCUCACGAACAAAAUCAAGCUUAAGUUUAUGAAGAAUAACAGAAGACAGAGAGGGACCGCUGUCACAGCAACAGGUAAUAGCCGGUUAAAAAAGCCGCGAGUGAGUAUUUUAAAGCUGAAGACAAAAAAUCUACCGGCAGUGCAAAGGAAAACACGUGUUCUCGGCCGGUUGGUUCCCGGUUGUCGGAAACAACCGUUGCCGGUUGUAUUGGAAGAAGCAACUGAUUAUAUAGCCGCUCUUGAGAUGCAAGUUAAAGCCAUGGCUGCCCUCGCCGACCUUCUCUCCGGCGGCUCCAGUUCGACUUCCGGCCCCGGCACCGGCGCUAUGAUUCUAAGUCAGCUCAGUCUUAGGCAGCCACCACAGAGCUUGUAAUAUCCACUCUCUUUCUUCUUCCUUCUUCCUUCUUUUUUUCUGAUUUUAUAUUUUCAUCCACCUACGCCUCACGCCACUGUUCAAAUUCAUUCUCUACCUUUUUUUUUUUUUUUUUUUUUUUUUUUUUUUUUUUUCUGUGAUGAUGAUGGUAAAAAUUUGUCUUUCCAUGACAUUGUGUAGACAAUAACACCUUAAAACUCACAGUCAGUGUCCAUUCCUAUUAUUCUUUCUAUUAUACUAUUUUUUUUUGGUUUUAUCCUAAAAUUACUACUAGUAUAAAUUUAUAAAUCGUCCAUGUAAUGCACUUACAAAUAUCGAAAAACAACCUAUACUCCAUGAUUGAACUAGAGUUUAGUACAAAUUUUUUACUUUAUUGAUUAUACAUCUAACUGAAAUGAAAAUGAACAAGAAACAUAGUAUUAGUUUUGUCACUUCUUUGAUGCUAUAGACUUCUAAAAUUUUCUAUGUGUUUGUACAAUACCAUUAUUGCAAUAUAGAGUUCCAUUUUUUACUA